UGCGUGAUUGCGGGGUGUGUUUGUACAAGAUGGCGGCGCCCGUAGAUCUGGAGCUGAAGAAGGCCUUCUCAGAGCUGCAGGUGAAGAUGAUUGACACGCAGCAGAAAGUGAAAAUGGCCGACCUGCAGAUCGAACAGUUGAAUCGGCUUCAGAAACAUGCUAAACUCACACAUGCAGAGAUCACAACACUUCCUGACAACACGCGGCUGUAUGAAGGUGUCGGACGCAUGUUCAUCUUACAAUCGAAAGAGGAAAUAAACAACCAGCUGAUGGACAAACAGAAGACAGCCGACGAGAAGAUCAAAGAGUUGGAACAGAAGAAGGUGUAUCUUGAACGCAGCGUGAAAGAAGCUGAAGACAACAUCAGAGAGAUGUUGCUGUCAAGGAGAGCUCAAUGAUUUCAUCGCCAAUAAUCACUAAUAACCUGUUGUAAUGUGUUCACUGUUUACAUUAAAGUGUUGAAGCUUCAA